AUGCCCUUACCAGCUCACCUCUGGCAGUGUUUGAUGCUUUUGCUGUUAACCUUGAUCUCCCUGAGCCCUCUGGUGCAGGCUUGGGCGGAAUUCAGUCCAUGGGCAAACCUCAACCAGCUCUGGCCCAAGGGGGUCGUUUCAGUCUGCUACGAGUCGGCUGCGACCCAACACAAAUAUGAGCCUCUUCUCCGUGACGCUAUGUUUUUGUGGUAUGCGGCUGGCCUGCCCGAGACUUUUAAGCUACAGUCUACCUCCCCGGAUAUCUGCGCAGUUGGAAUUUACGACACCGUGACGGUCUACGACACUCCUCGGUUGUACUCCACCAAUAUCGGCAUGCCCCCGAUGGUUCCGAACGAGGGCGUUGCGCUUGUACAACACAAAAUGUUCCUCUCCACUCCGGCCGACCAUCCUGACUACGUUAUUCUCGCCAACAUUGCUCACGAAAUCGGACAUGUGUUUGGACUUGUGCACGAGCACCAGGACCCGGCCCUGUGGAGGGAUUUCGAUGGUGGGGAAUGGGUGUUUAAGUUCAAUUGUGAGAACCUGGAGGAUUUCGACAGGGUGACCAGGGGCAUGACCCGCGAGCAAAUCUAUGGGCCCGAGGGUGUGUGUGUGAACUACCGAGCUGCCCUGAAUGUCGGAUUCAUGGCGGCAGACUUCUUGCCUUAUCCCUUGGGGGACGUUACGGGUCCACGCGGGAAAUGGCCAAGUAUGGAUCAAGUCGAUUGGGACUCUAUCAUGAUCUACGGCUCUACUGCUGGUGCUAAGGAGGGCACGAACGUGCUAACCAAAAUUGAUGGCACGGUAUUCUUGGGAAACCUCGUCCCUUCUUCUGGAGAUGUCGCGGGAAUCAUGGAGAUGUACAAUUCUGCUUUUGCCAACGACUUCGAGCCUUUCUGGAACGAUCCGAGAAGCCCUCACUUCUACCUCUUUCAGCAAUACAGCUCGUGUGGCUAA